GUGAAACACCUACGAAACAAGGGGUGAUUGUAUGUAAAGCGCUAAAACCAUUGACCAUGAACCUCCAAAGGCCUGAAGUUCCAAGUCUCAAAGUCCAAAUGUACAAGGCAGAAAACGAAAACCGUGCAGUACUGCCGAGUGCAUAACAGGUGCAAAGCCUGGUAGCUACAACCGGGCCCAGUGGGAAUUAAAGGUCGCCACGUUGUCUCGCAGGUACGUGAGCUUUGGGUCCCGAGUUGAUAUGACAGACCACUGCAAGUGUCUUGUUAGUGCCAGACUUGCAUGGCCAUAAUGUGACAUGUCCUCAUGUCGCCCAACAUAGCCAAAAGGAGUGGGAAAGGCUGCUUGGGACGGGAGGAGAGCUAUGAACGAAUAUUGGAGCGGCAAGUUGUGCGGAAGGAGGGGAGGACAGAUUCAUCGAAAUGAACAGGUUCCGGCGCACAGCGCUUUUGGUACUGGGUUGGGGCUUCUAAUUUUUUGCUUGGCCGUGGUGCCUUAAAAAUAACAGCUGGGGCUAUCUUCAGUGGUUGAAAAGGAUGAUGAAUCAUUACAGCAGUGCAGCUGAUGUGCAGAUGGCAGUGCUUGUGCAGAUGUCCGUUCCAUGCUUGUGAUUCUGUCUCUUACCUGGCUCAAGCUUGGCGAGUGCUAAGCCAAACCCUUGGAACCAACAAUCAACACAGCUCAUGCCUAAGCUUUGUCUUCAGCGCACCUUCAUCGACGAAGAAGAUGAGAUGCCCCGAUUGCCUCGAUUUCGUAGCUGCCCGGAUCUUGUUGAACGUACCAAGUGGAGCGAGUGGCGGAGCCAGUAUCAGGUGCUCACGUUGCGGGAGCGAUCGGAGAAGAUUAAAGAUGAGCAGAAUGUGACGAUCCAAGUUGCCGAGCCAGGCGCAUCGGAGGGGAGCUAUGGACAUCCUGAAGUAUGUCGCCGACCCUGCAUUCUGUUUGUUCGAGGAACUUGUCAGAAGGGUGCUGCCUGCGGCUUUUGCCAUGGUCAACAUACACAAAAACCCGCAAGCUUGGACAAGCAGCAGCGGGAUGCCAUGGACAAAUGGCCAGCAGAAAGGUUGCUGGAAGUGGUGCUUCCCUGUUUGCAACAAAAGGUGGAGAAGAUACACCUUCCAGCAGCCAAUGAUCUUCUUGAGCUUGUUGAACGAGAGCUGGCUAUUCGCAGCUGGGGCCAACCCAGUAUCCCCAAAACUCCUCGCAGGAUCUGCUAUGCCUGUGGGCGUAUGUCUCUCUCGGCAUUGGUCGGUUUGAUUGGCUCAAGGAUCACCAGUGGCCAAUUUCCCAAGGUUCUGAAGAAGGCUCUCAAAGCUUUGCGUGAGGAUAUCAAGGAGUUAGAUUUGCAAAUUGAAGAGGACAAGAUUUGAAGUGGUCUCCCUACGAAUUGCUUUCACUGACCCCAUCAAUGGCGAGGUGACCCUUUUGGUUUUUCAACUCCACACCGCAUCAAAGUUGCAGGCGUUCUUCGUGUUGCAAUCUGCCAGGCAGUACGAACAGCAAGUGUUCGAUUCUGCCAGUCAGUUGCAUGCGUCCAGCACUUUCGAAACCGGUCGUCGGACAUGUCGGCUCUCAGAUAAAAAAUCAUUGAGACGACCCUGAGGGUGUAUCCUGAAAUGAAGAAACCGCUGCUUCUGUUUGGAUUCAGGUUCUAAACCCUUCGUUAGAUGAGAGCAGUCCACGUCGUGGGAUGUCGGCUAAACGCUGUCGAUAGUGCUUAGCGGCCAACCGCUAAAUUUAUCUAUUCUAUUGUGCUCAGCAAUUGUAAUUGACAGAAUGAACAGAAACACCUAGCACCUGGCAAAACAUGUGCUCGCACAAAGGAAGAGGGCGCAGUUUCAAUAUCGGAGCUUCUCCGAUGGCUUAGCCCUCUUGCUUGAAGAGUAUUGAGGAGGUUAUUGAUCAGCAUCCUAUUUCAAUUUAACCUGUUGAAGCGUAAUAUGGAACCUGAUUGAUGUUGUGCCCCGGGUGGUGUGCUGUUGGCUUAGGUGGUUGUUGUGGUUUCUACAAAUUGCUGUUCUGACCAAGAUAUCGAUAGGAGAAGCCAAAUCGCUUUGCAGUGGACGCUUUCACCAAUACGUAGAAAUCAGCGCCCACACACAUUUAGCAGCACUCAGACCCUGCCACACAUAGCCGAUUAGCGCAGAGUGACACAUGGGAGUAGAGAAGUUCAGAGGGUGGGUCGGUGAUGCUUGUUUUCUCCAAGUUGUUUACUGAAAAAGAUUUGGUUGCUUUGGCUUUGACGUGAAAAGCAUUCCGACACACUGUGCUAAGUAAUAACUUUAUCAUCCUUUACCUGUUGGUAACUAUGAUACCUUUACUGACAUCAUUCCCUUGACUGGAAACUGUCUUGCUUGACUAAACUUGAUUAGAUCGAAUUAAAUCUAUGGGCUGCUGGAAUGCAUAGAAGCACCCUUACUUCGCCAUCACAAGCAACCAGAGAGGCGUUGGCGCAGACGGGGGUCUCCAACUCGCAAAGAGGGGCUGCGCAAUCAGAGAAGCAACUUGACCCAUGUGAGCAACAUUGUCAUGUGCCAAUUGAUUCAAAAGCGGCCUUGAGCUUAGCUCGGUCAUUUGAAUGUGGAGUCUGAAUUGUGAGAACGAGAUUCAAACCCGUGAAUCGAGAAACUUGAAGCGAGGUGAUUUGCGAAUUCCGACCCCAAAGAAGAAGUCCGGAAACGUCGGCAGGCGUUCUUCGUGUUGCAAUCUGCCAGGCAGUACGAACAGCAAGUGUUCGAUUCUGCCAGUCAGUUGCAUGCGUCCAGCACUUUCGAAACCGGUCGUCGGACAUGUCGGCUCUCACAUAAAAAAUCAUUGAGACGACCCUGAGGGUGUAUCCUGAAAUGAAGAAACCGCUGCUUCUGUUUGGAUUCAGGUUCUAAACCCUUCGUUGGAUGAGAGCAGUCCACGUCGUGGGAUGUCGGCUAAACGCUGUCGAUAGUGAAUAGUGCUUAGCGGCCAACCGCUAAACCCAUCUAUUCUAUUGUGCUCAGCAAUUGUAAUUGACAGAAUGAACAGAAACACCUAGCGCCUGGCAAAACAUGUGCUCGCGCAAAGGAAGAGGGCGCAGUUUCAAUAUCGGAGCUUCUCCGAUGGCUUAGCCCUCUUGCUUGAAGAAUAUUGAAGAUGUUAUUGAUCAGCAUCCUAUUUCAAUUUGGCCUGUUGAAGCAUAGUAUGGAACCUGAUUGAUGUUGUGCCCCGGGUGGUGUGCUGUUGGCUUAGGUGGUUGUUGUGGUUUCUACAAAUUGCUGUUCUGACUAAGAUAUCGAUAGGAGAAACCAAUCGCUUUGCAGUGGACGCUUUCACCAGUACGUAGAAAUCAGCUCCCACACAUCUAGCAGCACUCAGACCUUGCCACAUAUAGCCGAUUAGCGCAGAGUGACACAUGGGAGUAGAGAAGUUCGGAGGGUGGGUCGGUGAUGCUUGUUUUCUCCAAGUUGUUUACUGAAAAAGAUUUGGUUGCUUUGAAGUGAGAAUCAUUCAGACACACUGUAAUACCUUUGUCACCCUUCACCUGUUGGUAAAUGUGAUACCUUACUGACAUCAUUCCGGUGACUGGAAACUGUCUUGCUUGAUUAAACCUGAUUAUACAGAUUGAAUUGCAGUCAAUCUAUGGGCUGCUGCUUGGAAUGCAUAGAAGCUCGUUCAAGCUUCAUCACCCUUACUUCGCCAUCACAAGCAACCAGAGCGGCGUUGGCGCAGACGGGAGUCUCCAACUCGCAAAGAGGGUGUGCGCAAUUAAUGAGUCAACUUGACCCAUAUGAACAACAUUGUCAGGCGCUAAAGGGUUCAAAAGCGGCCUUGAGCUUAGCUCGUUCAAUUAUUAUUUGUGGAGUCUGAAUUCAUUGGGAUGUGGAGUCUGAAUUCGACGCGAUGCAAACCCGCGAAUCGAGAAAAUUGAAGCGAGGUGAUUUACGAAUUCCGAUUCCACGGAAUCAAUGUCGAUCUCCAUGAUUUGGAGAAAUGUAGAACGAACACGUAUUCGAUUCUAUGAGCUUAAUUCAUACGUCCAACGCUUUGCAGAUUAGCAAUCGAA